AUGCCGUCCGCAGCUGAAGCGGAGACUCAUUUUCUUCAAUUCGCAAUACAAUGGGCCAGCAUCGCCCUUCUCUACUAUGAUUAUGCAUUGACCUUCCAAGAGGAAGUCAAGUUCAUCUGGAGGGGGAAGAAGCUGAGCUUGCUCUUUGUCCUUUACAUUCUGUGCCGAUACGCGUUGCUGGCCAACGUACUGUAUCUUCUGGCUAUCGCUGGCAAGUUCGGUGGCAGCAGCUCUUGCGAUGCCGCAUACAAGAUCAUCGGCGUGGUGAGCGUUUUGGGUCGGGCCGCCGUCAUCUUCACUUUCUUGGCCCGGGUCUACGUCGUAUGUGCAAGAAAUAAACUGAUCCUGGGCGGUCUCGGCUCUAUAGCAGUGACGGUUGUCGUGCUCGACGCUAUUCACGUCCCUGGCCUGAAGUGCAAGGGGUCAUCUUCUAUACAAAUAGCAAACACAUUGUUAUCUAUUCUGGUCUGCGUCUUCGAGGGCUCCGUCGCUUUAUCCACUCUUGUUCGGAGCAUACAAGCCCUGCGAUUUGGGGGAUCGCCGAUAUCAGCGAAGCGGCAUACAUUCAAUUACCUAGUGGCAGAGCAGGGGAUCCUGUACUUCUCCCUGAUCUCCAUAUUCACGAUCGGAGCCACUGUCCUGAACUUUCAGGCACCUGGAGGCUUCUUCCAGCGUCUUCUCAACGCCUUCACACUCCCACUGUCUGGAUUGCUCACUGCGCGCUUCAUACUCCGCCUUCGUGCCUAUCAUGGGCGCGGUCUCGCUCGGGCUUCGACAAAUGCCUCCACGCCCAUUUCCACGUUCGAGGUCGCCGCGAAUGAUGAUCAGCAACAUUCGCGGACCGUCUUUGACGAGUUUGGUGUCGAUCCUCUUCAGAUUGCGUCGCGCAAGUCUGACGAGGAAAGGGGCGAGUACGCCGCACACGGCUUGCGCUUCGCUAUCAAUCGCGGUCCCGGUUGGGAGCUCGACAUUGAUCAAACGGCCACGUACGUCGGUAGCGAGCUCGGGGCAUCUCUGAGUGGCGCAGGUGCACACGAUGAUGUGCCGACGGCCUUUCAUCGGAUUCGACCUGAGUUCCAAGAAGGUUCAAGCGACAACCGUAAAGAUGAAUUUGUCCAGGGUAGUUCCAGCGACUUGACCUCAAAGGGGCACAGAUAA